AUGUUCGCUAGGCGCGCGCUUUCAAGGCCGCUAGCAAGAUGCCGCCUAUUUUCUAGUAGCAGUAAGCUACAUACUGACUUUACACACGCAGUAAUUGGAGCCGGAGUUGUUGGGCUAGCUGUGGCUCGUCAAUUAGCAGCUCGAGAAGGAACAUCGACUAUUCUAGUUGAGAGACACUCCGCAGUUGGAACAGAGACAAGCAGUCGAAACUCAGAGGUAAUUCACGCUGGUCUAUACUAUGGCGUAGACUCAUUAAAAACAAAACUAUGCAUUGAAGGGAAAGAAAUGCUUUAUGAACUUUGCGAGAAGCAAAACAUCCCACACCGCAACACUAAGAAGUGGAUUGUUGCCCAGGAUGAGGAGCAAUGGAAGGAAUGUUUGAAAGUUUUCCUCCAUGCUAAGGAAAUAGGUGUACCGAUACGCUUUGUUUCCGCCGAAGAGGCAAAAAGGAGAGAGCCAGAUGUACGAGCAGAGGCAGGGAUCCUAGAAAGUCCCACGACCGGGAUAGUGGACGCUCACUCUCUCAUGUCGUAUCUACACGGCAACUAUGAGGAAAGAGGCGGAGACUGCGUGCUGUUGACUGAGGUUUAUAAAGUUGAACCUCUAAGUGGAGGCGCUUAUGAAGUUUUUACCAGGUCCGGAGAGAGAAAAGACGAAGAGUCGUCUUUUACAGCUGAAACACUCAUUAAUUGUGCUGGUCACUUUGCAUGUGGAAUAAACAACAUGAUUUUACCACCAGAAAGACAUCGAACUCCUCACUUCGCUAAAGGGACGUAUUUCUCAUACGCUGCUUCAUCACCAAAGCCUUCAACCCUACUAUACCCAGCGCCUCGACCCAGUUAUGGCGGAUUAGGCACACAUCUGACUCUCGAUAUGGCCGGCCGAAUAAAAUUCGGCCCUGACGUCGAGUGGGUAGACAGCCCAGAUAAUUUGAUCCCGAGCCCAAAACGUUUAACACAAGCUAUCAAGGAGAUCCAGGCAUACUUACCCAGCGUGAAUCCCGAUGCGAUUGGUCUUGAUUACUGUGGUAUUAGGCCCAAGCUGAUUAGGGGUGGUUCCGUCACCUCCGGGAAAAAUUUCCAAGACUUUGUGAUUCAGGAAGAAAAGGGUUUCCCAGGCUUCAUAAACUUACUUGGGAUUGAGAGCCCCGGGUUGACUAGCUCUUUGGCUAUUGCAAAGAUGGUAGAGAAUCUCUUAUAUAGAUAA